CUCCCACCCGCUAGUGUUUUACAUUAAUUUUUAUCUGUUAAAAGCAAAAAUUGUACGAAUCAAAGGUUUAAAGGUGAACCGAGCGCAUCUUUUGUUUGUUGUUACACGUUCGAAUGUAAAACGUGAAAGUGGGAAAACGCAAUAACAUCAGAGACACUAUUUUCAAUCCGAAUCAAUCAUCUUAUUUACGUAGACGAUCUUUGGUGACGGAGUUUUCUGUGACGCGGCUCAAUUACUGUCUUGUCUGUCUGUCUGUCUCUCAGGACUAGUCUUGCGGCUUUUUUUCUUGGAUGAAGUGGCUACGCAGCAUUAAGACUGGAUGACUGGAGAUGAGACCCUGCAGGCCCACAUUAAACCAUGAGUAUCCAGAGGCUUGGAGGAGCUAUAGGGGAAUCCCUGGGCUCUAGCCUGACGGUGCGUAUGAGCGGUGCAGGUGGUGGGUGGAGCUCCCUCUCCCUGAAACCCGUUUCCUCUGGACGAAUCGCUUCUUUGUUCCAGACCAUGGUCCCUACUGGAUAUACCAAGCUGCAGGAGGAGCGGCUGGCCAUGGUGGACCUCGGAGCCAAACCUGAGGUCAGCUCCUCGCUCCAGAAUGGCUACAGACAAGAGACAUCGUCUCAUGUGGAGAGCCGGCGACACGUGGACCGCGCCUCUCGCUCCUCUGUGACUUUAUCUGACUGUGGGGACUUCUCUGAGAUGGAGCCAAUGCUGGCGGAGAGGAGGCUGUCCAGUGAGGAGGCAGGGGGGGAGGAGGAGGAGGAGGAGGAAGAGGAGGAGGCAGGGCAGGAGGAGAGGCAGGGAUCUGCUCUGCAUAACAUGCCCAAGGAGUCUCCACUAUCUAUGGCGCUGCAGAUCCUGGUGCCCUUUCUUCUUGCUGGAUUUGGAACUGUGUCAGCUGGGAUGGUGCUGGAUAUUGUGCAGCACUGGGAGGCCUUCUCGUACAUCACAGAGAUCUUCAUCCUUGUCCCGGCUCUGCUUGGCCUCAAGGGAAACCUGGAGAUGACGCUGGCCUCGAGGCUGUCCACAGCGGUAAAUGUGGGCAAGAUGGAUUCUCCAAUAGAGAAGUGGAAUCUCAUCAUAGGCAACCUGGCACUGAAACAGGUCCAGGCCACUGUGGUGGGUUUCCUUGCAGCUGUAGCAGCUGUGGUUCUCGGUUGGAUCCCAGAGGGGAAGUUCCAAAUGAGCCACGCUGUGCUGCUGUGCUCCAGCAGCGUGGCCACGGCCUUUAUCGCCUCACUGCUGCAGGGUAUCAUCAUGGUGGGUGUGAUCGUGGGAUCAAAGAAGACAGGCAUCAACCCAGACAACGUAGCCACACCCAUCGCCGCCAGUUUUGGUGACCUCAUAACCUUGGCAAUCCUGGCCUGGAUAAGUCAGGGCCUUUACAAGUGCCUGGACUCCUACCCGUAUGUGUCGUCCCUGCUUUGCGCCUUCUUCAUGUGUCUGACUCCACUGUGGAUCGUCAUCUCAUCCAAGCACCCAGCCAGCCGCACCCUGCUCUACUCUGGAUGGGAACCAGUCAUCACUGCCAUGGUCAUCAGCAGUAUUGGAGGACUCAUCCUGGACAAAACAGUGUCUCAUCCAGAUAUGGCCGGCAUCGUGGUAUACACCCCAGUUAUCAAUGGUAUUGGAGGAAACCUGGUGGCUAUUCAGUCUAGCAGAAUCUCCACUCAUCUACAUUUCCACUGUGCUCCUGGGGAGGUUCCUGAUGAGGCCAAGGGCUGCUACUACCCCUGCCGCACAUUCUUUGGUACAGGAGCCAAUCACAGGUCUGCUCAGGUGCUCUUCCUCCUGGUGAUUCCGGGUCACCUCAUCUUCCUCUACACCAUCCACCUGAUGAAGAGUGGACACACGACCCUGACAGUCAUCUUUAUGUCCGUAUACCUGGCUGCUGCUAUGCUGCAGGUGUUGUUGUUGUUGUGUAUUGCAGACUGGAUGGUGCACUCAAUGUGGCGGAGCGGCAAAGACCCAGACAGUUUUUCCAUCCCUUACCUGACGGCUCUGGGAGACCUGCUGGGCACCGCCUUCCUGGCUCUCAGCUUCCACUUCCUGUGGCUCAUAGGAGACCGGGACAGUGAUGUGGGUGACUGAGGGUAACGACAGCACGACUGUAACUCUUCUGCCCGCCAGCUGACAUCUUAAGCCUUACGGGAAAUCGGUUGCUUUGUCACUGGCCGGCACAUUCCUGCAAUGCGCUUCACGAAAUACUGAAUGAACUUCAACCACAUGAUGGCUCUGAAACUAUUUCCUGCUCCCGGCUAUUUUUUUAAGACAUUAUAUUUCAUAAAUCUGGACUGUAGCAAUGUUUAUCUUAUUUGCAACAAAGCACACGUAUAUUGCUGCUUUUGAAAAAGGCGAUCAGGAAAUUACCAGGCCACAAUGCUAAAGAAACCUGGAUGAGUAUAAACUGGAGGUCUUCUCCUGGAAAAAAAAAAUUGAUUGGCUGGAUUAUAUUUUGCAGAUUUACCACCAUCUGUGUCAAAGCAUUUGUUUUUUGUCAGCGCAUGGACACGGAUAGAGGCAAAUGGGGUGUAGGCUAAGAGAGGGGAAACCUGUUGUUAUUAUAAUUAUUAUAUAUCAGAUCACCUUCUGGACACUGUGGUGUUUACCAGUUUUGCCCAUUUCUAAUCUGCCUCAUGUGUCAUUUUGGUUCUCGGGACUAUAGAGUAAGUCCAGUGUUUACAGUCCAGCACUGUCACUGUGUUUACUGUGUGUCUGAAGUAAGAACUCGCUAAAGUCAUUGAAGUUUGUGAUGUUUGCAUUGGAAGAGGCGCACAAUUAAAUCAAUAAUACAUUUGUAAUGGAAAGGGUAAUUUAAAGUGUCUUUGCAGCCUGACAGCCAACACUAAAAAAACACAUCAAAGCAUAGUCAAGUGUUGAGAAUUUGCCAAAAACCGUCCCCCAAACAGACAUCGUCCAAUUGUAGAAAAGCAGGUAUUCAGCAAUGACAUUUCUUCACAGCUCGCCUUGGAUUUGACCCCAAUGGAGGCACCAGUAAGGCUGUAUUUAGAGUGAGCUUUAGCCUCAGUCUUGUACAGUAUGUAUGUAGCCAUGACAGCUGGAGCUAAGGACGUCGGGGCCAGUGACCAUGAUUUGCUGUAGAUCAAUCAUCAUGUGCAUUGUUAAAUGACAGCUACACACUGCUCCAUCAUUCUUGUUUUCACAUGCUGUCCACAUAUGUGUAGUGUUUACAUACAUAUGUAUGAGCUU